AUGUGGGGCAAAGCGCCUCGUACGGGCAAAGCGCCUUAUCUCGCCCAUUGUUUGGGGCCCCGAGCCUCCCCACAAAUCCCAUGGACGACGUACAUGUAUGGAGAAGCUGACUCCGUCACGUCCCAGGCGACGGCCAGUGCCAUGGAGAGCAUUGUAAAGCAUGACCAUCUACCCCGGAUUUCGCAGCCUCGAAUACACGCUGGACAGACACGUCCGCCGUCGCCGCGCCUGGCAUCCGGCCGAGCGGCGGCAGCAAUUAGGGCCAAAGCCGCCGACUUUGCUGUCCAGCGUCGACCAUGCGUGGCCGUCGAGGCCCCGAGCCGCCGAGCUGUCUCGUCCGCAUAUCAGGCGUGCUCGCGCCGCGGCGGCAGCGUCCCGGCUUUGCUUGUGCAUUUCUCUUACGUGGCGAAUGCAAAGAGGAUGAUAGCCAUCCUUCCAAUGACGGGCCAGACUGAGGGUCUCGCCCUCCGAUGUUGCUGCGCAUCGUGA